AGCUCUGCUCCAACCAUCCUGCUAGUCCAUAGGAGGAGGCAGAGAGCCACAGGCCUGCAGGAGGAGGUGGGGAGGGGUCCUGGCUGGUGUGGAGAAGCCUGCAGGCCUGCUGGUGGUUUGGAGCAGCCUUUGUGGGAAUAGAGAGCCUGGUUCUUCAGCUUUGCAUGGAACCAAGCUUCAUUCAGUCGGCCAUGGCUUUAGGCUUGCCAUCUAAGAAGGCUUCUUCAAGGAACAUUGCUGUAGAGAGGAAAAACCUUCUCACUGUGUGCAGGUUCUCAGUAAAGACCCUACUGGAGAAAUAUACAGCAGAACCUAUUGAUGAUUCCUCAGAAGAGUUUGUGAAUUUUGCUGCAAUUUUGGAACAUAUCCUGAGCCACCGCUUCAAAGGCCAUGUUAGCUGGUUUAGCACAGAUGGACAGAGAGGAUUCUGGGAUUAUAUUCGCAUUGCUUGUAGCAAAGUGCCCAAUAACUGCAUUAGCAGUAUUGAGAAUAUGGAGAACAUUAGCACAUCACGAGCAAAGGGCCGGGCCUGGAUCCGCCUGGCGCUCAUGGAGAAGAGACUCUCCGAGUAUAUAGUGACAGCACUAAGAGACACCAGGACCACCAGAAGGUUUUAUGAUGAUGGAGCCAUCUUACUGCGUGAAGAGUCGUCCGUACUCACAGGGAUGCUGAUAGGACUGAGCGCCAUUGACUUCAGCUUUUGUUUGAAAGGAGAAGGCAUUGAUGGAAAGACCCCAGCAGUUAUAGAUUACACCCCGUACUUGAAGUUCACACAAAGUUAUGAUUACCUGAGUGAAGAAGAAGAUCGAGAGAGUGUGGGUGGUAGCAGCAGUGAAGACAGCUCCCCAGAACACCCCUAUUUGCCACUUCUCACGGAUGAGGAGACCUGGUACAGCAAGUGGCGUAAAAUGGAGCAGAAAUUUCGUAUCGUCUAUGCACAAAAGGGUUACCUGGAGGAGCUGGUCCGUUUGCGAGAGUCUCAGCUGAAGAAUCUAGAAGCUGAGAAUAAGCGGUUGACUCAGAGGCUCACCGAGCAGGCGGAACAGAGUCUUCAAGAAAAGCACCAGCUGGAGGGAGUCAUCCUUGAACUGCAGGAACAGCUCACUGGGCUACUCCCUUCUGAAAAUGCCCCCAUCAAACAGUUCAACUCAAGCAUUGGGGCCCCUCUGGUAAACCAGUGGCCGUCCCUGGGCACCCUUAAUGAUAACGAGACAUCUGUUAAGCCCUCGCUGUACAGGAGGCACAGCUACAUGAGCACUGAUCAUCUGUCUGCUGAGCUCAGCCUGAGCUCCGAAUCCCAAAGGGGAGAAGCAAAACAGGAUGGGGAGCCAUGGGGUCCUAUUGGUAAGGACCCUACCCCAUCAAUGUUGGGCCUGUGCGGAUCUUUGGCAUCUAUUCCCAGCUGUAAAUCGUUGCCAAGCCUGAAAUCCAAUGAAUGCCUUGUCAGUAAUAGUAGCGAAACAAGUCCUGCUGGGAGCCCCAGCUGAGACUUUUUGCUAGACAUUUCCACCACAUUACGUCUUGGCCACAAGAUACGAAGCCCAGUCAAAGUCAAUAUACCAUUACAUGUUCCCAUGUAUAUGCACUGGCUCAGUUAGGACCUCCAACCUUUCUCAUGCCACUUCCUGAAAAUGAAUAUUAAUCAUAUAUGAGGGACCUAUAGAAUAGCACGCAUCUCCUAAUCCACAACCCAACAGAAGAUGAGUAAGUUCAAGGAAGAUCAGAUCUUUGCACUUUUCCUUGAGACAACUUGAGUCAUGACCGAUCACAACCCAGAGACUCUCUAUAAAUUCCACCAUUUUAUAAUUUUGACACUUCUGAAAGACAUCCAACAUAAUACAAGUUCCAUAACUUCAUCCAUUCAACCUUCGAAAAAACAUUUGACAUUUCCAUCUCGCACUCCUGGAUCAGCUGGAGAACUUCAACUCAUGAACCCUACGAGGGCAGAA